AUUGUAUACGUCAUGCAAUCGCCUUAUUAGGAGUUUGUCAUAUAUUAUUAUUACUCUCGACUGUAACAAUGAUCUGCUGCAGAGCUGGAAUCUGACACGUUGGUGUGUGUCAUUAUCACCAGCGCGUUAGCUGAUGUGUUAGUUAGCGUUCAGACCCGUUCGCGGUGAACGUUCACGAUGGUUCUCUCCGUUCUGAGCGUGGUUUGUUUGUCCCUGGGCCUCACAGCAGCGGAGCACGGCGGCUGUAUUAAAGUCAACCGGUGUAAAUGUCUGAUGAGGGACGGUACCGGGAUCAUUGAUUUGGGAUCGGUACCGGGUCCGGACGGCUUCAUCCAGCGACUCCAUCCCCUGGCGUCAGACGUACUGCUGUCCUUCAGCCCGUGUCUGUCCUUCUCUCAGCCCGAGGAGCUCAGCAUCACCGCCUGCACCGACGUGGCCGUCUGUGUCGUGAUACGGACUCAGCAGGACGACGGCUUCGUCGAGCAGUACUUGAACUACGGCAGACACGAAGGCAACACAUUCAGCUACAACGACUCCAAGAAAACCCUCACCGUGUCUUAUUCCAUGUUUCCAGGCAGCGAGCCUCGAACGGUGGUUCACUACCAGUGCGGUCCAAACCGCUCCGUCACACACAGCCAGAGCUUCAGGGCCGACGGGCCCCUGGAGAUGUGGGUGGAGAGCCCCUGCGUGUGUCCGAACGCCUGCGCCCUGGUGGACGUGGGUCCCGGGACCAUCUUCCUCAUCAUCCUCUGCCUCAGUGUGACGGCUUACUUCAUUAUAGGCUCCUGCGCGCUCCGGCCCUUCAGGACCGCUGACGGUGUUCGGAUGGCUCCGGAGGACAGCGUUUGGUGCAUGAUCUGCUUCCAGCUCCGAGAGCGGUCCGAAGGCGGCAGGCGGAAGAGGAACUACUCUCUGACCGACACGCUGUGAUCCCGCCGUUUCAGAGAAGAAUGCAUACGGGCGUUUAAAAGGAUCUCCGCUUCAAAAAACCCAUCUGCGAAUCCUGAAGUUAAAAAUGUCUUUGGCAUCGAUAACCGUUAAAAAUGGUUCAGCCUAAAAUCGGGAGUAAUGAUGCUGAAAAUGCAGGGAAAAAUGACAUUUUACAAUAUACAAUCACACAUUACAAUAAUGCACUUUUUAUCAAUUAAGCAUUUAUUAAUCUUAGCUAGUGCAUUAUUAAAAUCGCAAGUUGUGUUUGUUACCGUGAGUUAACACUAGUGGUAUUUUUAUACUAGCUCAUGUUGAAAAAGAUGAAUAAAUACCGUAAUAAAUGUAUUGUUCAUUACCUAAUGACAUCUCAUUGUAAAGCAAUAAAUUCUAUUUCUGUUCUA